AUGAGACUGAUCAGCAACCUCAUUGUCCUUGGCCUUGGCCUUGUCGGCUCGGCCCUUGCCACCAACGGCGUUUGCUGCCGGCCGAAUUGCGGCAUUUGUACUCUUGAGGAGUGCUACCGCUGGAACCCCUGCAUUAGCCCGAUUUUCAACACCUGCUGUUCCGACGCACGUCUCGCGGACAAGAACACCGUUGUCUUCGAGAACGAUCAGGACUACCUCGCGGCCGUCGCAGCUGGUCAUGUCAACGAGUGA